ACUCAAGCACUUCGACUGCGAACCGACCCGAGACAACCUACUUUCGACAUGCUUUCUGUUUUGAGUUGCGUCCUCCUGGCCGCCAUGGCCUCCGCACGGCCAGAGGGCGGCCAUUCUAAAGCCAUUCUUCAUCAUCCCAGCCUCUUUGCUGGCCACCGUGGACAAAACUCUGGCUUUGGCCAAGAAUACUUCGGCCAUGAAUCUCGUCAUCAAGCUGGCCAUCAGUCCUUCAGCCAUCAUGACGUGGCCCAUCAAAGUCUUGGCCACCGAAAUUUUGGUCACCAGAGUAUAGGACAGCACGGAGGAUACGAAGCCCCUGUCCGUCAUGGAGGAUAUGGAGCUCCUGUCCAUCAUGGAGGAUACGAAGGACCUGUCCACCAUGGAGGAUACGAAGGACCUGUCCGUCACGGAGGAUAUGGUCCUGACCAUCACGACGACCAUUACGUGAACAAGGACUACGGCUUCGAGUAUACGGUUCAGGAUCCGUAUUCCGGCGCUGAACACGGCCACACGGAGCAGCGUGACGGUUACGUCACAAAGGGCGCGUACUUCGUCGACCUUCCAGACGGUCGACGUCAGACCGUAACAUACACGGCUGACGAAUACGGUUACCAUCCAGUCGUGACGUACGACGGGGAGGCUAACUACGAUGUCCAUGCCGGUCACGGUAAUAGUUACGAAGAUGUUGGUAAUCAGUAUCUUCGUCCGCAUCACCUUCAGUCCGUGUGCCAGUAAUUAUGAACGCUGUACUCCUGGGCCUAUACUUUCAAAAAAGUUAAGAGAUCGUAAGUUCAUCAGCCAA